AUGUAUACCAUCAUGGAGUCCGACCUUGUAAACGACUCAAAAUUACCCGUCCGGUUCUCCGCCAACAACACUGUAACCCAUCAUGUUAUCUUCGAAUCGAGCACCAGAACGGGGCAGCAGGUGCGACGGCAGCGGAUCGAAGAAAGUUGGGAAAGAGUGAAACACCUCGGUAGAGGAGGCUUUGGAAGUGUGUGGCUAGAGCGUUGCUCGAGAGUCAACUCUCAACCAAAGACUCGCGCUGUAAAGGCGAUCAAAAAAUCGAGUGCUUCCUCCCAAGGGAUAGACCUUAAGCGUGAAUUACAAACUAUUGCAAAGUUCUCUCACUGGAAGUACGAGGGCUUGUUUGUAAAAUCCUUCGGGUGGUACGAAGACGACUCACUCACAUAUAUUGCAAUGGAAUACUUUGAAUUGGGCGACCUGCAGAAAUGUAUAUUGCAGCCAUUACCGGAACGAGAGACCCAACAGAUUACGUAUCAACUCUUGGAGGGCCUCGAGAAGUUGCAUCUGGACGGGUACGCUCAUCGGGAUUUGAAGCCGGAAAACAUAUUCGUGAUCCAGAAAUCCCCAGACUGGUGGGUCAAAAUUGGCGACUUUGGAAUCAGCAAGCGUGUCAAUGAAGGAAACACAGCUCUUCGCAGCUUGUUCGGCUCGUCUGGCUACAUGGCACCUGAGAUGCUUGAAGAUACUCGCCAUGCACGCAAUUUCCAGUACGACGAAAAGGUGGAUAUGUGGUCCCUUGGUAUCUUGGUACAUUAUAUGAUCACUAAGACGCUCCCAUUUGACACUGACUCCAAAUGGAAAGAGUACAUGAAUAGCUCUCACUUCCCUUCGACAAAAUUGGCCUCGUUCAAAGUCAGUGAAGAGUGCCACAACUUUAUUACAAAGGCGCUUUUAACGAGAAAGGCGGCCAAUCGAAUGUCCUCAAGCAAUGCUUUGCAACAUCAAUGGCUGAGGGAUUUUAAUACAGCCAACUCGAACGAACAAAAGAUCGUGGCUCACGAGAAGUAUGAGCUGGCUACAGAAAAAGUGGAUGAGAAAAACAUAGAAAUCGCUUCGGAGGUAGCGUCUCUGACACUCAACUCGACAGAUGCCUCGGCAAGUUGGAGUGCCCAAACUGAAACAGAACGUUCCAUUCUAGUGCCCCAGCAGGCCCAAGAGUGCGCAAUCCAGGAGCAGACCCGCGCCCCUGCUGUUGAUGAGGGACCGUCCGAUUUUGACACGAAUCAAUGGACUUACUAUUCAAGCCCCGUCUCCGAGAAUACGCCAGUAAAACGCACAGAGCGCGUGCGACGUUUUGAAGAGGAAGAUGCCGAAGAUGCUGACUGGGAGGGGGAGGGAUCACGCUACUGGGUCGAUAAGAAAGGCUUGAACAAGCCAAAGAGAAAGAAAGCACCCAAACCGUCGCCCCCGGGCAGUGAAAGAAACAUUCAGCACAGCCACGGAGAAGAUCCGAUACAGAAUAAUACCAUCAUCACCUCGGUCUAUGAUGCUGACCGUAUUCCCUAUCCCCAAACACGGUCCAAAAAUACAGACAAGGAUUUCUAUCCAGAAAUGGAAGAGGGAGAGUGGGUAGAGCACAUGCGACGUUUUGAAGAGGAAGAUGCCGAAGAUGCUGACUGGGAGGAAGAGGGAUCACGCCACUGGGUCGAUAAGAAAGACUUGAACAGGUCAAAUCGAAACAAGGCGCCAAAACCGCCAGCUCCUAGUGAAAAGCAUAUUGCGCACAGCAAUCGAGGAGACCCGGCGCAGAAUUAUGCCGAAAUAAUUUUGCUCCCUGAAGCUGGCUGUGCUGCCUAUGCCGAGAAAAGGUUCGAAGAUGCGGAGAAGAAUUUCCGUCAAGUUCUUGGAAUCCGAGAAGUGCUGCUGGGCCCUGAUCAUGAAGACACAAUACAUGUUACACACUGGCUGGGCGUCACUACCUACCAUCUCAAAGGAAAAAUCGAAGAAGCAGAGAGCCUGCUCCGAAGGGCUCUCCGAGGGAGAGAGAAGCUGCAUGGUAAUAGGCAUGAAAAGACAAUGAAUACUGUAUUCUGGCUUGGACGAUGCCUUCAUAUUGAAGAGAAGUAUAAGGAGGCGGAGGGACUAUUCCAAAGGGCUCUCCAAGGGAGAAAGAAGCUGCAUGGUAAUGGGCAUACAAAGACACUUGAUGCUGCAUUCUGGCUUGGAAAAUCUCUUCAUUUGAGCGAGAAGUAUAAGGAGGCGGAGGGAAUAUUCCAAAGGGCUCUCCAAGGGAGAGAGAAGCUGCAUGGUAAUGGGCAUACAAAGACACUUGAUGCUGCAUUCUGGCUUGGAAAAUCUCUUCAUUUGAGCGAGAAGUAUAAGGAGGCGGAGGGAAUAUUCCAAAGGGCUCUCCAAGGGAGAGAGAAGCUGCAUGGUAAUGGGCAUACAAAGACACUUGAUGCUGCAUUCUGGCUUGGAAAAUCUCUUCAUUUGAGCGAGAAGUAUAGGGAGGCGGAGGAAGUAUUCCGAAGGGUUCUCCAAGGGAUAGAAAAGCUGCAUGGCAAUGGGCAUGCAAUGACACUUCAUGCUGCACAAUGGCUUGGAAGUUAUUGUUUUGAUCAAGGUAAAUAUAAGGAGGCGGAGGAAGUAUUCCGAAGGGUUCUACAAGGGAGAGAGAAGGUGUUAGGGUUUCAUGAUGAAGAGACACUUGAUGCUGCAAAAUCUCUUGGAAAGUCCCUCUAUUUCCAAAAGAACCACAAGGAUGCAAAGGAGCUUUUUGAACGGUGUGAAGAAGGAUUCGAGAAAUUAUUUGGUCCUGACUAUGAACAUACAGAAAGUGCCCGGCGUUGGGUUGGCAAGGCAACAAGAAAGAUUCGGCUUGAGAACACCUCGAAGUGA